AUGACCAGUGUCACAGAAGCUCAAGAAACAGUCACAGAGGAUGAAAAGCACGAAAAAAGUGCGUUCGUUUUCGAUAAGGAUGAUGCAUUCUACAUGGCACCAGCAGUUGCGCGUCUUAUGCAUUAUCGAAAUGCCGCUGUUCUGUGUGGACUUAUCGAAAUUACCAUAUUAAUUGUUACUAUUUUUGGAUUUUUUAGUUUGCAACUGGAAAAAGGCAACACUCAUUUAUGGCUGUCCACGGCGUUGAUUAUUUUAUUAGUUUUUGCGACAGUUACUACUUUCCUCAUGAUCUACGGUAUUCUGGCGGAGAAACCGAAAUAUAUGUGGCCACAAAUGGCGUUCAUGCAUAUUGAAGUAACCAUCCUGACCAUUGCUGCAAUUUUGUCGAUAACAAGCAUGUCUAUGGGCCUGCAGGCUACCCAUCGGCUUUUCGGCAUUUUUAUCAGGUUAAUUUUCGGGAGAGUUAAAGUGUAA